AUGGCAGCUGCGUUGACCCAUGAGGCUGGUAUCAAGCCGUUCUUUGAACAAAGAAUACAAGAUACCGAGCUCCAGAUUGCCGCCAAAACACAGAACCUCAGAAGACUAGAAGCGCAGCGUAACGCGCUGAACUCCAAGGUGCGUCUGCUCAAAGACGAGCUCAAGUUGCUACAAGAGCCAGGUUCUUAUGUAGGAGAGGUGGUGAAGGUUAUGGGCAAGAAAAAGGUGCUGGUAAAGGUGCACCCAGAAGGCAAGUACGUGGUAAACCUGGCCGCUGAUAUCGACAUCAAAAAGAUCACGCCGAGCUUGCGUGUUUGUUUGAGGAGCGAUACGUACGACUUGCACCAGAUCCUGCCCAACAAGGUAGACCCAUUGGUUUCGCUCAUGAUGGUCGAAAAGGUGCCAGAUUCGACCUACGACAUGGUUGGAGGACUCGACAAACAGAUCAAGGAGAUCAAGGAGGUGAUUGAGUUGCCCGUAAAGCACCCGGAGCUAUUCGAGUCUUUGGGAAUAGCACAGCCCAAGGGAGUUAUUCUAUAUGGACCUCCAGGUACCGGAAAGACGUUGCUUGCUAGAGCUGUCGCUCACCACACAGAGUGCAAGUUUAUCAGAGUGUCUGGAUCCGAGUUGGUGCAGAAGUACAUUGGUGAGGGUUCGCGGAUGGUUCGUGAGCUCUUUAUCAUGGCUAGAGAACAUGCUCCUUCGAUCAUUUUCAUGGAUGAAAUUGAUUCUAUUGGUUCCUCGCGUGUUGAGAGUUCCAGUGGUUCAGGAGACUCGGAGGUACAGAGAACCAUGUUAGAGUUGCUCAACCAGCUUGAUGGUUUUGAGAGUUCCAAGGAUAUCAAGAUUAUCAUGGCCACUAACAGACUGGAUAUUCUUGACCCUGCGCUUUUGAGACCUGGUCGUAUUGACCGUAAGAUCGAGUUCCCCCCACCAACGAUCAACGCGCGUACGGACAUUCUGAAGAUCCAUUCGAGGUCCAUGAACUUGACUAGAGGAAUCGACCUCCACCGCAUCGCCGAGAAAAUGAAUGGUUGCUCUGGUGCCGAUGUCAAGGGUGUUUGCACUGAAGCCGGUAUGUAUGCGCUCCGUGAGCGCAGAAUCCAUGUUACCCAGGAGGACUUUGAGCUUGCGGUUGCGAAGGUGAUGUCCAAGAACGACGAGGGUGCGGUGUCUCUUGCUAAGCUGUUCAAGUAA